GGACAGAUUGGUUCCCCUGAAGAAAUCGCACUGCAUCGUUCCCUUCAACCACGAUGUUGUCGAGCCUAGUAGAAUAUGCGUCCUCAUGGACGGGGCAGAACACAGAUUCUGACGGCGCAGCGGAGGGUACGAAGGAGAUCGGGCCGAUGAAAGUGUCGCAGUUGUUCAUACACCCCAUCAAGAGCUGUCGCGGAACGUCGGUACAGCAAGCCAGAUUCACCUCCGAAGGGCUCGAGUACGACAGGAAAUGGGCCAUCAUCGACGCCGAGACGCGCAAAGUGCUCACCGCGCGUGACAUCCCCGAGAUGGUGCUGAUCACACCGACGAUCGAGCCCGACCCGUCCUCGCCAGACGGCGGCUCGCUCACGAUAUCCUUCCCGCCCUCCUCCGACUGCGCCGCCUUCUCCACCCCGCUGAACCCAAGCCCGGACAUGCUCGAGCGCUGGGCGGUCCUACACGGCCUCAAAAUCUGGUCGCACACGACCGACGGCUGCCUCGUCCCCGCGCCCGCGUCCGACGUACUCUCCGCGUACACGAAGCGCCGCGUGCAGCUCGUGUACAAGGGCCCCGCGCCGCGCGCGUGCGACCCCACGCGCGCGUUCCCCGCGCUGCAGGCAACGGUGCGGUACCAGGACGGGUACCCGCUGCUGCUGGUGAGCGAGGAGGGGCUGGAGGAGGUGGGGAAGGUGAUCGGGGAGUGGGCGGGGAAGGAGGAGGGGGUGAAGAUGGGCGUGGGGGAGAAGUGGCGGGAGGGGAAGGUCGGGGUGGAGAGGUUCCGCCCUAACAUCGUUCUCAAAGGCUCGGGGGUGCCCUUCAUCGAAGACGCCCUGCAGGAAAUCAGCCUCCUCCCAUCCAAGGCGAACCAGAACCCGACAGCGGCCCCAAUUAGCCUUGUGGCAAAAUGUCCGCGGUGCUUACUGCCAAACGUCGACCCCGAGGACGGCACCCGCGACAAGGCCGUCCCGUUCAAGGUGCUGAUGAAGUUCCGGACCGGGCUCGAUCCGGAGAAUAUGCGGUCACCCUGCUUUGGGUGCAAUGGCGUGCCUCGUGGGGACGGGGUGGUGUGUGUUGGUGAUGAUGUUGCGGUUACGAAGUGGCUUGAGGAGUAG